GCGGGGCGGUAGUGCGCCGGGGCCAGGGCCAGGGCUCGGCCCGUGGGGAUGGGCAGCGCCGCCGCCUAGCCCUCCCCGCCCCCGCCCCGGCAGAGGGAGGCACAGCCCGGGAAGCAUGCGCCGUGCCGGGCCGCGCCGCCCGCUCCCCGCCGCCCGGCGCACACCCGUGCGGCGGCAGCCCGGCGCGGCGAGGCGCGGAGCCGCCCGGCAGCCGUGAGCCGCCCGCGAGCCCAGCCGCGCCGCCUGGGCCGCCGCCGGGGCCGCCGCCCGGGCCGGGAAGAUGCGCUUGCAGCGGGCGCUGCUGCUGCUGAGCCUGGCCGGCGUCAGCCUGGCACUCUCGUCCUGCCCCAGCCUGGACCUGGAGCACGUCCGCAAGAAGCGGGUGGAGGCAAUCCGCGGCCAGAUCCUGAGCAAGCUGCGCCUCACCAGCCCGCCCGCCGCGGCGGGGCCGGCCCACGUGCCCUUCCACGUCCUGGCGCUCUUCAACAGCACCCGCGACCUGCUGGACGAGCUGCGGGCCGCGCCGGGUGCCGCGGAGGGCGGCGGCGGUGCUGGUGCCUGCGCGCGCGACGCCUCCGAGUUCGACUACUACGCCAAGGAGGUGCACAAGUUCGACAUGGUCCAGGGCCUGCCCGAGCACAAUGAGUUGGGCAUCUGCCCCAAGGGUGUCACCUCCAACGUGUUUCGCUUCAACGUGUCGUCAGCAGAGAAGAACAGCACUAACCUGUUCCGGGCCGAGUUCCGGGUCCUGCGAGUGCCCAACCUAAGCUCCAAACGCGCUGAGCAGCGCAUUGAGCUCUUCCAGAUCCUCCGGCCCGAUGAGCACAUAGCAAAGCAGCGCUACCUCAGUGGCAGGAAUGUGCAGACACGGGGCUCACCAGAGUGGCUGUCCUUUGAUGUCACUGAGACUGUACGCGAGUGGCUCCUGCACAGAGAGUCCAAUCUGGGUUUGGAGAUCAGCAUCCACUGUCCAUGCCACACUUUUCAGCCCAAUGGUGACAUCCUGGAGAACCUGCAUGAGGUGCUGGAGAUCAAGUUCAAAGGCAUUGAUAGCGAAGAUGACUAUGGACGUGGGGACCUGGGACGCCUAAAGAAGCAAAAGGACCUUCACAACCCCCACCUGAUCUUGAUGAUGUUACCACCACAUCGGCUGGAGAGCCCAGGUUUGGGAGGCCAGAGGAAGAGACGAGCCCUGGACACGAAUUACUGCUUCCGGAACUUGGAGGAAAAUUGCUGUGUCCGCCCUCUUUACAUAGACUUCCGACAGGACCUGGGCUGGAAGUGGGUCCACGAGCCCAAGGGUUACUUUGCCAACUUUUGUUCGGGUCCUUGCCCAUACCUCCGCAGUGCAGACACAACUCACAGCACGGUGCUGGGUCUCUACAAUACGCUGAACCCUGAGGCAUCUGCCUCACCUUGCUGCGUCCCCCAGGACCUAGAGCCUCUCACCAUCCUGUACUACGUUGGGAGGACCCCCAAAGUAGAGCAGCUUUCCAACAUGGUGGUGAAAUCCUGCAAGUGCAGCUGAAAGGCAACCAGCCCCACCCAAAGUCGAGAGGAUCUGUCACUGCUCUCCCUCCUUCUUCCAGAGCACUAGGAAUAGAACCAGGGGACCAAGGACCCCAAGCACCCAGGCCUGGGCUUCCAACCUUGUGGCUCAGGAUGUACCAGCUCUCUAGGGAUCCGUUCUGGAGUGUUUUAGUGUCCUGUUGACUCAGUCUCCUUCCUUCUGGGAGUCAUUUUGGUGACAUGAAGACUGUACUCUCGAUAAAGGCUGGACAUUCAUGGGGGAAGAGGGACACUGAAUGGAGAAACUGCACUGUGUUUUGAAGCAUGGAUGGCUGAGAAAGGGAAGCGAGAGUGUGGUGAGAAUGGUCAAAAGUGGGGUGGGAAGAGAGACUGGCCAGUGCUUCCUGCUCACACUACAGCUGUUCCCUGACUUCAGCCUGCUCCUCUAUUGUGAAGAAUUAGAAUUUCCUUCUGAAGGAAGAAAUUUAAGUUUUCUCUGAAAAAAGAGCAUUAACUGAGAAAAGGUCGAGAAAGGCACCCAGAAUCUUGCUCCUCAGAGCUUCUCAGGAUGGGCCUGUCUGAGAGGAGGGGAGAGCACACUGACUUCAUUUGCAGAAUAGUUGAGGUUUCCUCUGUGUUUGCCAUACAGCUCCACUCUUUUCCUAGAAUUCCUGAUAGAUGGUUUCUGGGUCAGGGUGGACACCACUGCUCCUGGGGUACCUGAAUUUUGGAUCCAUCCAGUUUGGGGUGAUUACCCUCAAAGGACUCUAUCUGUGUUGUGGUAUGUGAGGUGCUCUAGGGUAUUCAAUACCUCUCCUGCACAAAGACCUGGCCCAGGCCUUACCUGCCAAGGUUUUUAAAAAAUAUUAAUCUCAAAAACAUUGUAAAAAAAUAAAUAUUUUGUGGGGGGAAACAAUCAUUUUCUCACCAGAAAAAUUGUCUGAUGAAAUAGAGAUUUUAGCAUUUCAAA